AUGGCUCCCGAACCCAAUAACCCCGAGUUCCCCUACUCAUUAACAAUCUCCCUCCCUCUCCCAACAAAACGCCUCGCCUCCUCUGCCCUGCGCACCCUAGAAGUCGACUCAGAAUUGUCCCCUUUCGUGCGGCGCACACUCAGUCUCGAAUCUCCAACCUCCGAAGCUCCCUCAGAGCCUAAGGAAAAGAAACUGAAGCAAGAUCCUGAUGAAUCACAGACCAUCUUGAAGACUACAUACUAUGCGACAACGAAUCGCAUGCUGCGCGUUGCUGUUAACGGCUUUAUGGAGAGUCUUGGUGUUAUCCUUGGUGUUAUGGCUGAGCUGGAUGUUGAUAUUCUUAAGGCUGAGAUGGAGGGUUGA